AUGGCCCAAAACGAGACAAUCGUUGUUAUCGGAGCCGGUGUAAUCGGCCUCUCUACAGCCCUACGCAUCCAACAACACCUCCAACCCUGUCAAUCCAUCCUGCUCGUCGCACGCGACUUCCCCAACACCACCUCCCUCAACUACGCCUCGCCAUGGGCAGGCGCACACUAUCGCCCCGUGCUGGGCUCCUCGCCCCAAUUCCUGAAAGAAGAAGCGCAAGCACAGCGCACAUACGAGCACUUCAAGAUCCUCGCGGCCCAAGAGCCCGGUUCGGGCGUGCAAUCCCUCGAGGGAAUCGAACACCUUGAGUCACCGCCGGCGGAAUACCUCGACGAGACGAGCGUGCGGAACUCCUACGCGCAUCUCGACGGAUUCCGAAGGCUGUCUCCAAAGGAGCUUCCGGGGCCGGUGAAAUGGGGCGCCAGCUAUCAGACCUUUGUGAUUAAUUCGCCGGUCUACUGUGCGCACAUGCUGCGCCAGUUCGUGUUGAAGGGCGGCCAGACGAAAGAGUAUACACUUGCUAGCGUGAUGGAGGCGUUUCAUUUGGCAGAGAAUGUCAAGACGGUGGUGAAUUGCUCCGGGAUAGGGUUUGGGGAUCCGAAAUCGUUCAUUAUUAGAGGCCAAACAUGUCUCGUCCGCAACCCAUGCAAUGUAACUCUCACGCGCCAGAACUCCGACGGUACCUGGUCUUUCUGCAUCCCGCGUCCCCUCAGCGGCGGGACAAUCAUCGGCGGCACGAAGCAGCCACACAACUGGGAUCCGAAUCCGUCGAUAGAGAUCCGAAGCCAGGUGCUAGCUAACGCAGCUAAAUGGUUCCCAUUCACACCGGAAAGCGAGGGGAAAUUUGACGUCAUCCGCGACAUCGUGGGCCGGCGGCCAGCAAGGGAAGGUGGAAUGAGGAUUGAGGCGGAGAAGGUGUCGGACGAUAGGUUUGUUGUUCAUGCUUAUGGGGCUGGAGGACGAGGAUAUGAGCUCUCCUGGGGGGUAGCUGGGGAUGUUGUCAAAUUGAUGCGCGAUAACGGGUUGGUGUUGGAGAAGGCGUCGCUCUGA